AGGGAAAAAAAGGUAGUUAUAUGGUCCAAUUAGGAAAAUGGGAAGAGAAUAAAUAAAACCAACGAAAGGCGAAGCGGUGCUAUACUUGCCUCAAGAAGAGCAAAGCUUUGCAUCGGAACCCUAAAAAAGGCACGCACUUAUUCACUUCAGUUUGUAUCAGCGCUUUACCUUUCAGUUAUCAAAUUCUCCGAUCGAUCAAAAAUCAAUGGAUGAUAGCUGUGCGGUGUGCGCUGAAACCCUAGAAUGGGUAUCGUAUGGAGCGUGUGGUCACAAAGAUGUUUGCUCAACCUGUGUUGCUCGUCUCAGAUUCAUCUGCGAUGAUCGCCGUUGUUGUAUUUGUAAGACCGAAGCGAAUGUUGUCUUUGUUACCAAGGCUCUAGGAGAUUAUACAAGGAUGAUAAGUGACUUUUCGGUAUUGCCAUCUGAACUAAGAGAAGGUCGAAUUGAUUCUUAUUGGUAUCAUGAGGACACCCAGGCUUUCUUUGAUGAUUUCGAUCAUUACAAGAUGAUCAGGGAAAUGUGUAGGCUUUCUUGUAGUGUGUGUGAUAAGAUGGAGGGGGCGACUGGUGAUAGCAUGAGGAGAAGAUUAAGGCUCAAAAAUAUUGAUCACUUAAAGGGUCAUUUAUUCCACCAGCACAAGUUGCUCAUGUGCAGCUUAUGUUUGGAAGGAAGAAAGAUAUUUAUCUGCGAGCAGAAACUGUACACUAGGGCACAGCUGAAUCAGCAUAUAAACACAGGUGACUCUGAGGUUGAUGGUACUGAAAGUGAAAGAGGUGGAUUCAUGGGUCAUCCUCUGUGUGAAUUCUGUAGGACACCAUUUUAUGGGGAUAAUGAGCUCUAUUCUCAUAUGUCGACUGAACAUUAUACUUGUCAUAUGUGCCAGAGGCAGCACCCUGGGCAAUAUGAAUACUACAAGAAUUAUGAUGACCUAGAGAUCCAUUUCAGGAGAGAUCAUUUCUUAUGUGAAGAUGAGAGUUGUCUUGCAAAAAAGUUUGUUGUUUUCCAAUCAGAUUCUGAGUUGAAGAGACACAAUACUCUUGAGCAUGGAGGUCGUAUGUCCCGUUCCCAACGCAGUGCUGCCUUGCAGAUACCGACGAGUUUUCGAUAUCGCCGUAGUAAUGAACAGGAUAAUCGUCGUGGAAGAGGUCGAUCAUUUAGGCGUGAUAACGUUGAGAGUGAACUAUCCAUGGCCAUUCAGGCCAGUUUAGAGACCGCCAAUGCAGAUGGAAGACGGCAUGAUGCGUCAAGCAAUAGGAGGGUAGUUUCUGAUCACACGGUAACUGAUGAUGAUGGUCUCCUCGCUCAACCCUUUGAAUCUUUGACCACUGAUUCUGAGCCAGCUUCAAGAUAUCUUCAAGCCGUGUCACAAGUUUCCAGGAAUUCUCAGCUUGAAGAGUCAUCAUUUCCUCCACUCGCUGCGCCUCCUGCUAAUAGUCAACCAAGACUUCAGUCUGACGGUCAGUCGUUUCCUCCACUUGCUGCGCCUCCUGCUAAUAGUCAGCGAAGACUUCAGUCUGAUGCUUUGCCCAAGAACUCUAUGGCAUCGCAUCUGCGUCGAAAGCAAAACAAAAGUACAAAGCCUUCGAGUUCAUCUCCUGUAUGGCCAGCAACAGCGGGUCACUCACCACCAGUAAUUGGUCAUCAGCAUGCCUGGCCUGUGAUAAGUGGUGCUUCUGGAUCAUCAUCUAAUUCCAGGCAUAGUAGGGCAGCAGCGGACAAACCUUCUGCACCAGUAAUUACCCCUCAAAACUCUUGGCCUGCUGUUAAUAGCGCUUCUGGAUCAGCAUCUAAUUCCAGGCAUAGUAGGGCAGCAGCGGACAAACCUUCUACACCAGUAAUUACCCCUCAACACGCUUGGCCUGCUAUUAAUAGUGCUUCUGGAUCAGCAUCAGGCUCUAGCCAGAUUAAACCGUCAACAGCAGUAGAUGGACCUCCAUCAUCUAGUUAUUUAAACUCUGUUGCUGUUCGAUCUUCAUUAGUGCAUGAAUCAUCUUCUAGUUCUGUUAGUUCAUCAAGGAGUUGGGCCCAUAGCAAUCACAUUAGCCAUUCCUCGUCAGCUCCAAACCUUGUUCAGAGUGUGUCAUUCGACUCUUCUACCGCUGAUUUUCCUCCUGUGUCUGCUAUGCAGUCUCGCAAACUUCCUGCAAGUGGCCAGCAGGCAGCCACAAAUGUGGAAGAUGUUCAAACUGCAAAUAAGUCUUUAGUAGAAAGGAUGCGUAUUGCUCUAGAAUUUGAUCAAGACAAAUUCACUGCAUUUAAGGACAUCUCUGCAGAGUAUCGUCAAGGUUUAAUGGAUGCUGAGACAUAUCUGGCAUAUGCCGAGCAGUUUGGCUUGUCACACCUUGUUCUUGAGUUGGCAAGACUAUGCCCUGAUGCUGAGAGGCAAAAGGCACUAAUUGACACCUACAAUGCUAAUUUAGGAGGCACUGUCCCUAUACAGAAUCAUCGAAGCGGUGGCAAUCGCUUGAAAGAUGAUAAAAUUUCUAAGAAUGGGAAAGGCAAGUCAAUAGAUGCUGGAUCUGUCACGUCAAAGGAUAGCACGACAGAUAACAUUUUAAGUACUGUGAGGAAAUUGCAAUCUAGCCAGAAGAUUCCUGAAGAUGACGUGGAAGUGUUGUCAAAAGAUGGUUAUCGGUCUGCUAAAGGCAAAUCAAAAUUGACACUGAAUGAAUCUGAGGAAGAAUUGAACUCCCGAGGCAAACCUUUAAAGUUGGAUGUCCACCAGAAUGACUUGUCUGCUAUAGAUGAAACAAAUCACAGGUCAGGGAAUAAUGAUGGGAAAAGCAAGCAGCGGAAGAAGACCUCAAAGUUUCUCAGAGUUCGCUUAGGUGAUGGAGCUGUUGAAGCACUUUUAAACCCUGAUCCAGAUCCAGAUCGAAAAGAGACAUCAGAUGAGCAAAGUAACCCUGAAAGUUUGCCUGUGCGAGGUGUUUGGCGAAAUGGAGGUGGUCAAAAGCUUGUAGCUAUGACUUCAAAAGGUCCGAAAAAGUGAUGCAGUAGGGAGGUAGAUAACUUGGCUUGUAGGAGGGAAUCUCAAGUUUUCUCUUCUUUGGACAUAAUUCUUUUGGCAUCGAUUUUUGUAGCAACUUCAACAUGAAGUGGGUUAUCCAACUCAUGCUUUAGCGAAGGUUCCAACCCAUGGAAAUCUCAAGUGUUUAUGGUUUUCAGAUACAGCAUAUAGGCUAUAUGAUAUUUUUGUUUCUUUUAUUGAUAGUUCCUUUCAAUUCUGCUUCAACUUUAUGAUAUUGGCAGAGGUAGACAAUCUCUUGAAGAACCGUGAAAGAUUGGCUCUUUAAACUGUAUAUUGUUAUACCGAGUACAUGGAUAAAGUGGUUUAGCUGGACA